AUGUGGAGCGAUGGUGGUGGUGGAGUGAGGGAUGCUGCUGCUGAGCGGGCUGAGCUGGGGUAUGGCGGGCUGCUGGAAGAGGUUGGCCCGAGUGAAGAUGGAGAGGAGGGUGGGGAAGCGGAGACGGGGGCGAUCAUGCGAGCCAGACAGCAGCUGGUGCUGCGGCUGUUGCGGGCGUGUCCCAUCCCGUUUCUGGGCUUGGCGAGUCUGCACAUGGACUCGCAGCAGCUGCAGGCGGAUGUGGCGCGCGUGCUGAGUUGCCCGGCUGUGAAAGAGCUGCCGCUACCUGCAGGAUAUGCAGUGCAGCUACUGAAAGUGGUGAUGCGGAGCGUGGAGCGGAGCGGCGACGCGGUGGACGAGGACAUGUACAGCUGCAUGGGCGCUGCCAUGUCCCGCGCAGCGGAUGCGCCUGCCUUCCGCCACUACGUGAUGAUGGCACGGCCGCGCAUCUCCCUCGUCUGCCAGGAGGCGACGGCGUUUGUGACACAGGGCACGACGGGCCUGCGGACGUGGCCGGCGGCCCUGCAGUUUGUUGGCUGGGCGCGGAGGCACAAGGCCGAUGUCAUGGCACCCUGGUCAGGGCGACGCAGCCGCGGCAGCGAUGCGGCGUGGUCCGGGGAUGAAAAUGCCCAUGCUCGCGCUGAUGGUGCGAACAGCUGUGGCGAUGUUCAAGACAGCGCUGACAACGAUGCUGAACACAAGGCGGAUGGUAAUGUGCAAGCAAAAGCACCUUUGGCAGGACCACCGGUGACGGUGCUUGAGCUCGGGUGCGGCACGGGCCUGCUGUCCAUGGCGCUGGCCAAGCUGUGGCCGGGCACGCGUGUGAUUGCGACAGACCGCAGUGCAGAGGCGCUUGCUCGCUGCGCGGCAAACUGUCGCUUCAACGGCAUCAGGCUUGAGGGCGAGGACGAUGGCGAUAUGGAACGGCAACAGCGAGAGGAAAAGGGGGUGAUUGAACAGGAGGCACAGCAGGGGCUUGGGGAGGAGGCACAUCACGAAGCAGAAGAGAGAGGCAGGGACAACGGAGGGACGGAUGCAGAAGAUUGGGGCAUGAGUACUUUGAAGCAUGGGCAGGAAGCGCAGCAGCAACAACAACAGCAGCAACAGCAGCAGCAGCAGCGAUUAUCGUGCGUGCGGGUGCAGCAGCUCGACUGGACACAGGUUUCUUCCAGCUCAGAUGAGGAAAGAGAGGCGGACGUGUUGGUUGGCGCAGACAUUGUGUUUGACCCAAGUGUGGUACCGAGCCUUGUACGCGUGAUUGCCAAGGCAUUGCGUGGACAACGGCAAGCCACGCGCGUCAAGCGCGCUGCGUACAUCUGUUCCACCAUCCGCAACCCCGACACGUACGCCACGUUUCUGGCUGCCAUACGAGAGGCGGGCUUGCAGUACACGCAGCUGUGCACAGACGCAGAUGGCGAUGCCAGCGAUCUUGUGGAUGACACCACCUGCCCCAUCAUCCUCUGCCGCAUCCAGCCAGCUUCACAAUGA